CUGGGAGAGGCUCAGUAAAUACCCUGUAUGUAGGAGGGGGCUGGCAGGGAGGGAGAGUUUAGGGGAGUACUUUGGAGGUGACAGUUGCCGUAUAUAAGGCUGCUGUCCUGUUCUGAGCUCUAGAUGCUGUGUGUUAUGGGAGACAUGGGGAGCCACAGACUGUCAGAGAGGCCAGUGAACGCGGUCCCUUUUCCUCCUACACAUCGGUUAACGGCAGAUGAGGUGUUUGAUACAGAUGGGAAGCCCAGAGUGGACAUUCUUAAAAACCACUUAAUCAAAGAAGGUCGAGUUGAUGAAGAAAUUGCACUUCGCAUCAUUAAUGAAGGGGCGGAAAUUUUGCGCAGAGAAAAAACUAUGAUUGAAGUGGAAGCCCCAAUCACAGUGUGCGGGGAUAUUCAUGGGCAGUUCUUUGACUUGAUGAAGCUGUUUGAGGUUGGAGGAUCUCCGGCUAACACAAGAUACCUCUUCCUGGGGGACUACGUAGACAGAGGUUAUUUUAGUAUAGAGUGCGUCUUAUACCUAUGGGUCCUGAAGAUUCUCUAUCCCAAUACGCUGUUUCUUUUAAGAGGCAAUCAUGAAUGCAGACACCUUACAGAAUACUUCACUUUUAAGCAAGAAUGUAAAAUAAAAUACUCGGAGAGGGUGUAUGAGGCCUGCAUGGAAGCGUUUGACUGCCUUCCUUUAGCGGCACUUCUAAACCAACAGUUUCUAUGUGUUCACGGAGGACUUUCCCCAGAAAUACACAGCUUAGAUGACAUUAAAAGGCUAGACAGGUUCAAGGAGCCACCUGCAUUUGGGCCAAUGUGUGACUUGCUAUGGUCAGAUCCUUCUGAGGACUUUGGGAAUGAGAAGUCGCAGGAACAUUUCAGUCAUAACACAGUCAGAGGAUGCUCUUACUUUUACAGCUACCCGGCUGUCUGUGAGUUUUUGCAGAAUAACAACUUGCUGUCAAUCAUCCGAGCACACGAGGCACAGGAUGCGGGUUACCGAAUGUACAGAAAAAGUCAAACGACAGGAUUCCCCUCAUUAAUAACGAUAUUUUCAGCACCUAAUUACUUAGAUGUCUACAAUAAUAAAGCUGCUGUGUUAAAGUAUGAAAAUAAUGUGAUGAACAUCAGGCAAUUCAACUGUUCCCCACACCCCUAUUGGCUGCCCAACUUUAUGGACGUCUUCACUUGGUCGUUGCCUUUUGUUGGAGAAAAGGUGACCGAGAUGCUGGUGAAUGUGCUGAGCAUUUGCUCAGAUGAUGAACUUAUGACAGAAGGCGAAGACCAGUUUGACGAACGACUCAUAUAUGGCAAUAAAAAAGGUACAGCGGCCGCUAGAAAGGAGAUCAUCAGGAACAAGAUUCGGGCGAUCGGCAAGAUGGCGAGAGUAUUCUCCGUGCUCAGGGAGGAAAGUGAGAGUGUGCUGACACUGAAGGGGUUAACCCCCACUGGAAUGCUGCCUAGCGGAGUGCUGGCAGGAGGACGGCAGACCCUACAAAGUGGUAAUGAUGCUGCUCCCUACCUUGGAUGGGAAGCUUCUUUUUCCUGUUGUAGGAUUCCCCCAAAGCAUGCUGGGAGGCUGUAGUGGCUAAUACGAUUUGUGUCUUGUUAACUGGGCAACAGGAGCUGAGAGUUCACACCAGGGUAUAGACCGCAGACACGUGUUGGCAUCUCUCUUACUAUCGCCAUACUGUACCCACAUAAAGCCUGCAAGACCUUCUUCUGACACCUAUCAGUUAUAUGUGCUCAGUUUAUAAGUAACCUGUCACUUUGUUACUCUGAACUUAAUAUAACUUUAUUUUGAGAA